AUGACGGUCUGCCUGGCCCCGGCGACGAAGCUUGAGCUCAUAACGCUCGUCGAGAUCGGCGAAGUAAGACAAGCGGAGCAAAUCCUCGAGUCCAGCAACGCAAACGAUCACCGAAGUUUCGUCGAGCCUUGCGGUUCUCUCCAAGUUACUCUCGUCCACCUCGCAGCAUGGCAAGGAUACCUCAGCAUCCUCCAGCGACUUGAAGUCUCGAAUGCGGACCUUGACGCCACCGACAAGUUAGGAAGGUGUGCGCUUCACCUAGCCGCUCAGCAAAAUCACGUCGACGUCGUCAGGUGGCUUUUGGAGCGAGGAGCUGCCAUUGAAAACCGAUUCGAAGUCAGAUUCCUGCCCAAGGAUGAACCCUACAGUGCCAUCGCCAUAAACUCCUGGCCAAACUGCGAUGUCGGACAAAAUCUACCACUACCGGAAUGUUGGGGAAGAACGGCGCUUCACCAGGCGGUCAAAGCUGGACACGUUGACAUAGUAAACCUCCUGCUGGACGCCGGGGCAAAUCCGGAUGCCCGGGACCAACGGGGAGUGACGCCCUUGCAUCUGGCCGCCGUUACGGUGGACCCGAGUGACCAGAUGGAUAUGUCACGGUUCGAGAGGAUCGUCGAUGCCCUCGUGUCCGCCUCAGCGUCCGUCAAUAUCGUCCACCCGGACACAGGCACAACGGCGCUUCAUCAUGCCGUGACCCUGGGGAGCUGCAAAGCGACGAAGCGACUUCUCGAGGGUGGUGCCUGGCCCACGGCUCGAUGUAUUGGAACAGGAAUCACCCCGCUCCACAUUGCGGCCAGCGCCGGGUUCCACGACAUCUUACGGAUCCUGCUGUCGUACAUGGACUCCUCGUUCGUCGAUGUCCAGGAUGAGAUUGGACGUACUCCACUUCACGCGGCAGCCUACCAAGGUCACCUUACAUCCAUUCGGGUCCUGGUCGACAACGGUGGUAAUUUGGCCUCCGAGACAAAGACAGGUGUGACGGUGAUCGACGCCAUAUUCGAAAACAUCGCCCGACCGAUCACUUUUAUCACGAACAUUCUAGACUCGCUGGUGCGGGCGACGGACAAAAACGUAAACCAAGUCGUCCUGGACUUCAAGCCGCUGGCACCCCGAGGCGAACUCCAGAUGGCGGUGGUUUCUGCUCUGAUUGGAGCUGUGCCAAGCAUCGAGCAGAUGACGAUCCUCCAGCACCCGCUGAUCGAAGCUUUUCUUGGAAUUAAGUGGUUCCGGCUUCGUCCAUUCUUUUUCCUCCUUGUAAUCAUCCACGUGUUCUUCGUACUCUCCUUGUCGUGCUACGCGAUGAUCAUCCUUCAGCAAGUCUUGAACGUCGCGAUACCUGCAGGCAGAAUCCUCAUCUUCUGCGCGUGUAUCAUUCUUGGCCACAAUCUACUCCAGCUGCUCAUAGUGCCGAGGCACUAUACGAGGCAGUUCGAAACCUGGCUGUCAGCCAUCUGUGUGACCAUCUCGAUCGCAGUGGCGAUUACUGGGGAGUACUAUCCGGACAUGAUGAAAUCAACCCAUAAAACACUGAACCAAGUUGAGAGAGGAAACUUUCGUCAGUGGAUCCUGCAGUUCGUCAGCGUGGCCGUACUCAUCGCCUGGAUCCAGAUGAUGCUUCUCGUCGGUAGAUUUCCAACCUUGGGAUACUACACGCUCAUGUUCUCGACUGUACUGAAAAACGUCUUCAAGGUGCUCAUAGCCUUCGUGUGGCUCAUCAUUGGUUUUGCUCUAAGCUUCUCGCUCCUGUUCUGCGACGGAGGACAGUUCACCCAUUCCUGGAAGGCCGUGAUCAAGACCAUGGUCAUGAUGACCGGAGAAUACAACUUUGACGAACUCGUGGAGACGAUCGAUGAUAAACCGGGGACAAACGUCGUUCUCCCUUUUGUCGGGAGGAUAGUUUUCCUCAUGUUCGUAAUGCUUGCCAGUAUUGUGCUGAUGAAUCUCAUGAUCGGUCUGGCCGUCAGCGAUAUCCAGGGAAUCUUGAAGGAGGGCUACAUUCGUAGGUUGCUGAAGCAGGCUGAGUUCGUUGCCCACUUGGAGUGGGUGACGUCCCACCGGAUCUUCAGAAGCCGGGUGGUUCCCAGAUACCUGAGGGCGAUGCUCGAAUUGAAGAAGACGAUCCCGACCCAAAUAACGCUCGGUGUCUUGACGGAGUACGGACAGAAGAAUACUGGGUUUUCGGAAGAGCUGAUCGACGCUCUUUUCGACGUCGCCAUGAGGAACCGGGAACUUGACAAAGAGUGCGAAAGUCACGCCCCGUCUUCCAAAAGGAAUGAAGACUGUUUCGGUGAAACGGUCUCGUCCUGCCAGUAUGGAUUCAAGGAAUUGCGUCGAGAAAAUGUGCGCACGCCAAGAAUGCAGUCCAUAAGACGCAAGCUGGGUAGGCGACGAAAGAGCGCAUUCUGAUUGAAAACCAUACGCAACGCGUGUUGCAUGGUUAUGAUGGAAUUCAACAAGCUGAAUUCUCGGUGCUUAGACAUUCGUUGAAAGAAAACUUAUAACUUAGCUGUUCUUGCUGCAAUUUUGAUUAGCGUGAACUAGCGUUCGACCCAUGGGGAGUGAUGGAAAUCAUCUAGCAGCAUAAAUAAAAUUCCAAGCGUGUCAUGGUGGCCAUAUUAAAAAUACGUCACAAACAUAUUUUAUUAAGAAGUUUAAACCACAGAUUUAAAUACUCAGCCAGUCUUCGAUCAACGGAUCAUUUUGAAACGCGGGAAAUUAAAAUCUGAAUGUCUAUUUCGUCGGUAAAACAGAAGCGCGUAAAUCUGACGAAAAAAAAACAUAAUUCUAAUCCCAACGAGGUAAGUUAUACUCAUUAUAUAAAUAUGCAUUGAUAAAAAGCAUCGCAAUACUCGUGAAAUUGACCUCAGCUGGUAAUGAAGGCACGCGUGUGUAUAUUCAUUGUCAGUUGUCGAGAGACUUGGUUACCCGUGAAAUAUGGUGCUAUUGUGGCCCAACAGAUGUCAGAGGUAGACAGGAUGGCGCUGCAUUGCAAGUGAAUGAUCGGUGUUCGAACCUUAAU